CGAUUCCGAAGGUUGAUUCCGUGGCGGGCUCGUUCGAUAUUACUGCGAAUUCCGAGCCCACUGCGAGCCUAUUGCGAGCCUAUUGCAAGCCCACUACGAUUCUGCGAGCCCACUGCGACCACUGCGACCACUACGACCACUGCGAGCCCACUGCGAAGUUCGAACCACAGGGCGUUGCGCCACUCACCUACUCUACCUACUCUAGAGUAGUCCAGCGGUUACGCUGCAUCUUAUGUAUCUACAUACUGCACGUAUGUAGGCUCUAGUAUCUGACUGCCUGGAAGCGCCCCGGCCCUCGACUGGACUGGACUCGACGGAUGUGCUAUGGCAAGAUAGGCAGAGCAUCUACACACGCGUGGGCCUGGGCGCUGGCCACUGGCCCACCGCUAAGUUUUAACCCGGUGCUGGGAAUCGCGUGGGGAGCCCGUGGGGACGCCGUGGGGACGGACGCCGUGGGGAAGUGGAUUAACUACGGUAUGGGCCUGGAGCCUGGAGGAGCCGGAGCAAGCAAGCCACUGAAAGUGUUCUCGUGGUGGCGUGGUGACGUGGGCACUGGUUGGUGGUUGGAGGUUGGUGGUUGCUGGAUGGUAGUUGGUGGAUGGUGGAUGGUGGCGUGGUUCGCGAUGGCGAUAGCGAUGGCGUAGGUGGAGGAUGUAGGUGGAGGUGUGCAUGAUAGACGCGUGGGAGUAGACCGGAGCGUGCCGUAGCUGGGAC